AUGACAGAGGCCUCCCCUAACAUGGAAGUUCUGAACAUUGGAAAGAUCCCAAAAUUAUCCAACCAGUGUUUGAUUCAGAUGAUGUCCAGCUUUAAACGACUGACUUCACUCAACCUGGCUGGUCUUUUUGCGGUACGGGAUCAAACUGUUCAUCACAUAGUUAAGCAGUGUCCUAAGCUCCUGAGUCUCACACUCAGCUUCUGCCCUCACAUCACUGAUGUCAGUCUGAUUGAAAUCAGCACCUACUCCCCUUCCAUCAGGAACCUGGAUGUGAGUGGCUGCAGGGCCAUAACAGAUAGAGGUGUCCAAGCAAUUGCCAUGUCCUGCAUCUGCCUCCAGGAACUGGAUCUGAGUCUGACGUCCACAGGAAACAGAGGUGUCUAUCUCCUGGCCAACUACUGCUACAGAAACCUGCAUACAGUAAAACUUAGCUUUUGUUGGGUCUCUCCGGAUGCCGUGAGAAAGCUCUGCAAACACUGUAAAGGACUGAAGUUGCUGCAUCUGUAUGGCUGUUGUGAUGUCUACAAAAUUAAAGAAUUACAGGAGAUAAAUAAGAAUGUCAAGGUGAAAUGUGAUUGUUCUGACAAACAAGAGACUUAA